AUGGAUUUAGUCCGCGAGUCACCCUUGGGUCAGCUCUUAAGAGCGAUUACGAAGAAUAGGAUUCUACUUUAUCCAGAAGAAAAGCCAGGCUUUGUUGCAUCGAACCUCGAAGAGGUAGGACAUCAGGUUGAAUCUAAGCAAAGUCUUGGAGGCGACUCUGCAAUAACCACAUCGGCCCCAUACGACGGGGCGCACACGGACAACCAUGCAGGUUAUAUGGUUGAUUGGUACGGACCAGACGACCCAUCAAACCCGAGAAAUUGGUCAACAUGGAAGAAGAGAUUUGUGACUCUUCAGAUAGGUCUUUACACGUUCGCCGUAUAUGCUGGCUCGUCAAUCUAUUCAAUCAAACAAAAGCCUCAUUGGGCUUGGCAUUAUAUGUAUUGGGCUGCAUGUUCUUCCUCCGCCGUACACGCGAUACAUUCUAACGCCUCGGGUUUUGCAGAUGGCCUCGGUCCGUUGCUGUUCUCGCCCAUGAGUGAGGUUCCGUUAUAUGGCCGCAACAUUCCAUAUAUUGCCUCCCUCGUCAUCUUUGUCGUUUUGUGUGUUCCUACCGCUUUGGUUGACAACUUCGCCGGACUUAUGGUUCUUCGACUGCUCCAGGGCUUUUUCGGGAGCCCCUGUCUGGCAAGUGGUGGUGCCUCGAUGACAGAUAUAUACUCGGACCUUUAUCUACCGCUGGGAUUGACUGGUUGGGUUGCUGCGGCGUAUGGCGGACCGGCCCUUGGGCCGCUUUUGUCAGUCUUUUCAAUCGCUAAAAAGGGGUGGCGGUGGGCAAUGUGGGAAAUGCUCUGGAUGAGUGCACCCAUCCUUGUCCUGAUGAUCGUCUGUCUUCCAGAGACAUCGGCCGACAAUAUCCUGCUUCGUCGUGCACAACGACUACGCAGAGUGACCGGAAACUCCAAGUUUUUGUCACGGUCCGAGGUUGCGCAUGAGAGUCAACCAUUUCACAAAAUGGUCCUUCAUUACAUGACCAAACCGGUCGAGAUAAUGAUGAAAGAUCCAGCCGUCCUGUUCGCCAACGUCUACACCUCCCUGGUUUAUGGAAUCUAUUACUCCUUCUUCGAGGCAUUUCCAUUAGUGUAUCCGAUCAAGUACAGGAUGCAUCCUGCGAGUGCUACCCUGAUCUUCGUAUCAAUUAUUAUUGGCUGUGCGCUGGCAAUGACUGUGUAUAUUAUCUAUAUAUAUACCCGUCUGAUGCCUGAUCUAAGAGCAAAGGGCCAGCUUGAACACGAAUAUCGUUUGGCGCCUGCUCUGUUCGCUUCUUUGGGGCCACCAAUUGGACUUUUUAUUUUUGCCUGGACUGCCGACGGAAAGAUCAAUUGGGCAGUAAGCGCUCUCGGUGUCGUCAUUUACGCCGGAUCGGUCUUCAUUGUGUUGCAAUGCAUAAUUAUCUACCUGCCCCUUGCAUAUCCGAAGUAUUCAGCAUCGCUGUUUGCUGGAAAUGAUACAACACGAUCUUCUGUCGCGUUUGCGUUCAUCCUUUUCUCCCGAUCCAUGUUCAUCAACCUCGGUAUUGGCAGAGGCGUGACUCUAUUAGGCGGGUUGAGCAUCCUAGGGAUUAUAGGCAUGUUUGCUCUUUACCACUAUGGUGCAACCCUCCGUGCUAGGUCUAGAUUUGCAGAGCAUAGCUGA